AUGCCAGACACUAGUCCCAUCUGCACUCCUCUGUUCCUCAUACACACACGUCUCAUAGGUCAUUCUCAGAGAGCAGCCAGGAAGGGAAAGAAAACGUGUGCUAAAGCAACAGGUUCCACCCACAGCCUGAACUUGGAAGGGGAGGCUGGAGCCAGGCGACAGGAGCUGGGCGGCGGAGGGAGAGGAAGCGGCGAGGAGGAAGGUGGAAGGGAAAUGAUGGUGCAUGACCACGGAGCACACGUCACUCGGGCUCCCACAUGGGCUCGUGAUUACCGAGAGGAUGGGAUGGAUCUAGGCAGUGACGCCGGCAGCAGCAGCAGCAACAGCAGCCGCGCCAGUUCGCAGUCCAACUCCACCAAAGUGACCCCUUGCUCCGAGUGCAAAUCCUCGUCGUCGCCGGGGGGCAGCCUGGACUUGGUGUCUGCCCUGGAGGACUAUGAGGAGCCCUUCCCGGUCUACCAGAAGAAGGUGAUUGAUGAGUGGGCGCCGGAGGAGGACGGGGAGGAGAAGGAAGAGGAGGACGGGCGCCACGAGCGAGGGUACAGGGAUGACCGCUGUCCGGCCCGGGAGCCGGGGGACGUGAGCGCCGGGACCCGCAGCGGCGGGGGCAGGAGCGCCACCACCGCCAUGCCGCCCCCGGUGCCCAACGGCAACCUCCACCCGCACGAGCUCCAGGACCUCAGGCACAAUGGCAACGUGGUGGUGGCCGGCCGGCCGAGCGGCUCCCGGGCCCCGCGCCGGGCAGUCCAGAAGCCCCAGCCGGCAGGGGGCCGGCGCGGCGGCCGGGGCCCGGCGGCCGGGGGCCUCUGCCUUCAGCCCACGGACAGCGGGACGUGCGUCCCUGAGGAGCCCCCGGUUCCCCCUAUGGACUGGGAGGCGCUGGAGAAGCAUCUGGCUGGGCUGCAGUUCCGGGAGCAGGAGGUGCGGAACCAAGGCCAGACGAGGACCAACUCCACCUCCGCACAGAAAAAUGAGAGGGAAUCUAUCCGACAGAAGUUGGCACUGGGAAGCUUCUUUGAUGAUGGCCCAGGAAUUUAUACCAGCUGUAGCAAAAGCGGGAAGCCAAGCCUUUCCUCCCGCCUGCAAAGUGGGAUGAACCUGCAGAUUUGCUUUGUCAACGACAGCGGCAGUGAUAAGGACAGCGAUGCUGAUGACAGCAAGACCGAAACCAGCCUGGACACCCCCUUGUCUCCCAUGAGCAAACAGAGCUCUUCCUAUUCAGAUAGAGACACUACUGAAGAAGAAUCCGAAUCCCUGGAUGACAUGGAUUUCCUCACAAGGCAGAAGAAAUUGCAAGCCGAAGCCAAAAUGGCCCUUGCCAUGGCCAAACCAAUGGCCAAAAUGCAAGUAGAAGUGGAAAAACAGAACAGGAAGAAGUCUCCCGUCGCUGAUCUCCUGCCACACUUGCCUCAUAUAAGUGAAUGCUUGAUGAAAAGAAGUUUAAAGCCCACUGACCUGAGAGACAUGACUAUUGGGCAGCUACAAGUGAUAGUCAAUGAUCUCCAUUCCCAGAUAGAAAGCUUGAAUGAAGAGCUGGUCCAGCUGCUCCUUAUCCGAGAUGAGCUGCACACGGAGCAGGACGCCAUGCUGGUGGACAUUGAGGACUUGACCAGACAUGCCGAGAGUCAACAGAAGCACCUGGCCGAGAAAAUGCCUGCAAAGUGAAAAGAAGCCAUCCAACCAGAGGACAAGCUAGACUUUCUUUUGCUUCUGUGGUUGUAAAAAUGCUGUUGCUAAAGGUGGCACAGAAACAAACAAAUAUCAGUGUUAGUCAUUGAUAAUGUCUGAAGCUUAACGUCCAGUGAUUGGCCUUUGCUUCUUAAUUUAUCUUAAUUUUUUUACUGUGCCACUCAAUAUCAGGCAUUUUAAUAAAAUAUUGUUACAAAAAAAUGUAUAGUACUUACACCACCACAAGUCAUGGUUAAUCAAAGAGGGUAGUUUUAACUUUAUUUUUAUUUGUUUAGAGAUUAUGAGUUGGAGCAGUAUUUUACCAUUGACUGCUGUCAUUCUUCACUGUAGUUUUAAAGAAGAACUGUAAAUGACGGUGCUAUCCAAGUCAAAAAAUACAUGCCUGCCUCGUAGUGAAGUUGUAGCUCUCCGUAAUAUGUAUAUUUUAAUCAGUUUUCAACAUUUUGUGAAUGUUGACUACCUGAAGUUCAUUUUUAGAUGUGCUAUUAACAUUCUGUUGGAUUCAGAGGGUUCCUUAAAAGUUUUAUGUAUAAAUAUGUAAAAUAAAGAUUAAAACUUUGUUUCAUA